AUGCUUGCCGGCAGCAUGUUUCCGCAGGCCAUGAAGAUAUCCGUCCCCAACGGCGUCCUGACGGCCGUGCUCACGUACGCGGUCUACCAGUUGGAGGCCCUGGGGAGCGUCGACCUGGACAACAUCCUGAUGAAGGACAACGCCAUCUGGGGGGGCUUCAGCUUCCUGCUGGGCUUCCUCGUGGUGUUCCGCACGUCGCAGGCGUACAGCCGCUUCUGGGAGGGCUGCACGUCCACCCACAACAUGGGCGCUGAGUGGUUCGACGCCUGCAGCUCGCUGAUAGCCUUCUGCAAGCACGCCGCGCCCGAGAAGCAGCAGGAGGUGUGGAGGUUCCAGAACCUUGUGGUGCGGCUCUUCAGCAUGCUGCAUUCUUCAGCGCUCGGGGACAUCGAGGACUGCAGUCACGGUCUGGACGUGUCUGCGUAUCAGGCCUUCCGGAUGGAGCUGAUCGAUGCGUCGGCGAUCGACGAGGUGAGCUUAAAAACCAUCAGAGAUUCGGACUCCAAAGUCGAGCUUAUCUUCCAGUGGAUCCAGCAGAUAAUCGUGGUGAACAUCAACACAGGCGUGAUGACCAUACCACCACCGAUCUUGACGCGCUCGUUCCAAGAGAUGGCCAGCGGCAUGGUGCACUUCCACAACGCUUUGAAGAUCUCGACAAUCCCCUUCCCCUUUCCCUACGCGCAGACCUGCGAGCUCAUGCUGUGGAUGCACUGGAUGAUGGUACCUUUCAUCGUUUGCCAGUGGGUAGACAUAUGGUGGCUUGCAGGAAUGUUCGCCUUUAUCCAGGUGUUUUGCUUCUGGAUCAUCAACAUGAUAUCCAUAGAAAUCGAACACCCUUUCGGCUCCGACCCUAACGACAUUGACGCGUUGCAGAUGCAGAAGAUGAUGAACUGCCACCUGCGCCUGCUGGUCAAGGAUUCCACGAAGAGGACCCCAACAUUGAUCCACGACGAUGUCAAAACGCACUUUCAGCGUGUCGUCGACGAUGAGGGCGAUGACGACGACGAGGGACGGAUCACGAGAAUUCAAUCGCGGCGCUCAUUCUUCAAUAUUUGGACGACCAUGUGCAUGGACGAGAACACGACCGAAGGGGGCGGCCACGUGACAAUUGCUGGCCGUGUGAGCAGCGUCCCCAUGCGCAACAGCACUGUCUCUGAGAAUUCUGAGAGGGCCGAAGGGGACGGCCGAGUGACCAUUGCUGGCCGUGUGAGCAGCGUCCCCAAACGCAACAGCAGUGUCUGUCAGAAUUCUGGGGCCUCGAGGAGCACGAUUCGUGGCAGCAUGCGAAGGUCCGAAGCCCGUGGCAGCUUGUGGAGUCGUGCUUCCUUCAGCACUAGCGGCGCCCAGGCCGUGCCGCCCCUGAAGCUGCCGCUGGGGACCACUAGCGAGCUGGAGCAGUCGCUGGCGAAGCCGGCGGUGUCGACCGACGCGGAGGCCAACAUGGGCAGCAGAGACAGCAGAGAGGCACGAUCGGACGACGGCGCAAGCGACAGGCCGUGGACGCCGUCGGCCAGCUCCAGCAGCGAGAGGCCAGAGCCGGUCCUGCAGCCGGAGGUGUCUCACGGCGCCAGGCCCCCGAGCAGCCAGGAGCGCGCGGGGCUGGGCCACGGAGCUCCGCGGAGACCAGGCGCCGGCUCGUGGCAGGCAAAGGGGCGCUGGAGAUGCAGCGGCAGAGGGAGCUGA